UAAUUUAACCUCGCGAUGUCUGGAGUUGAGGUCAUCGGCCUGGUCCUAGGAGGAUUGCCCCUCAUUAUCUCCGUCGGAGAGCAUUACAAGAAGGGAUUUGAGCCAUUGCGUAGAUGGAAACUAUUUAAACUCGUCUUCCGGGAGUUCAUCACCGCCGUUGAUACCCAGAAGCAAAUGUUCAGGCUGGUGCUGAUAAAUCUUUUGGCCCCAGUACAACUCGAGCCAGAAGAAAAGCAGAGGCUGCUAACGAUAGCGAAUUAUGAAGGCUGGCACCGGAGUGACGUUGUUGAGGCCUUGAGGUCGCGGCUCGGGAACGCGCAUGAUGCUUGCAUGGAUAUUCUAAGAACAAUGAAUGAGGACAUGGUAGAUCUACAGGCUAUGAUGUCUUUAAAAGAUGGAACUGUCGAUUGGGCGGUUUCUGGGAAGAACCAAUGGAAAUAUCAGUUAAAGAGAAUCGAGCUUAGUUUUAGUGAGAAUGGGAAAAGGACCGUCCAGUCACUCGAGAAGAAGAUCAAGGAUUUGGAGAGACUCUUGCGUCUCCUUGACGGCACCAACGACACCUUUGAAGGCAUGAAGCCUGUUCCAAACGGUACAAGUUGGGGGGAAUUGUUUGAGAAUAUCAGACGCCAUGCAGCUACUCUACACUCUGUAAUCAAAAACAGCUGGAACUGCAAUUGCGAAGUGAGCCACUUGGCUAACCUUCAAUUGCAAAAACGACAAGCAAGCGAUUGCCCGCCGAGGUUUAUCAUAAACUUAGCACUGCCACAACGAGAACCAACUUCAGCAAAUUCGAGGCGCAAAUUACUCAUCUAUGCCAAAGAUUCACAAGAUACCCCAACACCAGAGAGUACACAGCCUGUUCUAGUUGAAGAGACAUAUAUAACUCAACUGAGGACCCACUUUCAGCCAAAAUCGCCUCCUGAUGUCAGCAGUCCGACCCUUCUAGUUCGGCCCGGUCUGCGUUCAUCAUCCUCUUCUGUCUCAUCUAGCUUUAGCUUGAGAAGCAUAUUUCCAAAGAGCGAGAUUCUAGAUGGAACAGGAACUUUGGUAGAUAAACACUCAAGCAAAUUGAUAUCAAUGCCAAAAUUCAAACCCAAGAAAACUCUUCGUUUUGUACCCGACCUGCCAACAGAACCUAGAAAUGCCCAGGGUGCGAAACCUUGUCUAGAUGCCUCGCAACAAAGCUGCCUAGUCACACCGCCGCCACCACCACCAGCGCCGCCUUUGACUAAAGAGGAGCCCCUUGUCAAUAUCAAGAUCAAAGACUUGUGCUCGGCCAUGAAAGGCCUUGAUCCGGAUGUGGAAUUCUUUGGUUGUCUCUCAGAUAACGUGCAUCAGGAGCACGAAGUGCGGUGGAUUAAAGAUACACGGCAAGCCCCUCCGAGUCUAGGGGAAAUCAGCCUCGAAAAGUUACUCACAAGCAACGGCCACUUGAAACUGAGCAGACAAAAGCGAUACAAGUUAGCAAGUAUUGUAGCCUCCUCCCUGUUACAACUACACGCUACUCCCUGGCUCGCUGAGAAACUAGAAAAGAAAAACAUUUUCUUCUACCACCAAGGGCCUGAUAUACUUGCAGAGGAACCAUAUAUCAGUCAUAAAUUCGUCGCCUCAAAGCCAGGCGAUUCUGUUUCCCAAGAGCCAAAUACUACUGGGAUUCUUCCCAUAGAUCCACGCAAAACUCUCCGCUGUCUUGGUAUGUUACUGCUUGAGCUUUGUUUCGGUGAAGCGAUCGAAAACCAGCAGUCGCUGCGAAAGGCCCAUUUAUCUUCUGACGGAAAAGCACUCGAUGGUACCGAUUACCUCUGUGCGAUUGACUGGUUAGAGAUGGUCGCGGAAGAGGAACCAAAGAUGGAACCAAUCAUCAGGUGGUGCAUAUCUUGUCCCUUGAACGGGACACUAAAUUGGAAAGAUACAACUUUUACACAAAAAGUGUAUGGUUUCGUUGUGAAACCAUUAGAAAUGCUUGUGGUUCCAACUUAAGAGCUAUGAUUAUGGGAUGCUCCUGAGGAUGGAAGCUUUGUGGGUGUUUCCUGCACUACUUGCGACCGAAGCGGCUCGGCCCUUGACAUAUAACGUUUUUAUGCCAUUAUCCCUAGAAUUCUUGGUGUCAGUGGUGUUGGUGCAAAUCACCACCAUUUUUACUGGUAAUCGGUGGGAAGUUGGGCGUUCUACUCUUCUUGAUAUGGCGGCGGAUCUAUGUCACACACCUCUGGUCUUUUUAACGACCGGCUUUUUUACUCUUUUUUACACCGUUCUGCCUUCUGUUUACUUUUGAAGCAGAAGUCGAGAAAUCUAGCCAGAGCUUGCUGGAUUCCAAGGAAAUACAGCCAUCGAACAACUCGAAAACUUAGUAUUUGGGAACCAUGCAAGGCGCCCAAGCUACACCGCUUCCAGCGGUUUACUCUGCUCUCGCGACACCCUCACACGGAAAUACGUUGGACCAACACUAGACAUGGAUGCCAUACCAACGGGCCACCAAAUAUUCAGCUUCCUUGACACGGGAAGUCUAACGGUGACCAUCUUCUCCGCGCCCCGGCGCCCCACAGUCGCGCUAUGAGAACAAAAGGGGGAAGCUGCAGGCAGUGCUACUCGUAUAACCCCGCCACCAACGCGUUGCGGAAGAAGAAUGUCCUCCGCGGAGAACGGGGCAUGCUGUGGCGUAGCACGUUAUGCGCGUAGAUCAAGUUUGAGUUGUAUAUCAGAUUUGCGUAGUAGAUUGCAUAGAUAUUACGGAAAUAGCAUAGCCUGUAGAAUCCAGGC